UUAUAAACGGAACUGUACCCAGAAAAGCACGACGCACUGACAGCGAUCGAGUUUGCAGUGGAGCGGGCCUUCAACAUUUUAACUGCGCAACAAAUAUUUCGGAGCGAGUAUAGGGCUGAAAUUGUGAAAAGACUCAACCAUGUCUAUGACCGUCAAAGCCUAUCUCCUUGGGAAGGAGGAUGCGCCGAAAGAAAUUCGUCGCAUUGCUGUGGACCAAGAUGUUUCAACGAGUUUUGAGUAUCUGAAAAAAAAGGUUGAGGAUGUUUUCUCAACCCUGCGAAAUGUCACCUAUCAAAUGUUUUACAAAGAUGAAGAUGGUGACAUGAUCGCCUUCUCCACUGAUGAUGAGCUCAUCAUGGGCCUCACCUGCAUCAAGGACUACACAUUCCGCCUCUUCAUCAAGGAGAAGAAGGAGCAUAGGCGUGAAUUCCCUGCUUUUGCCUUCCCUGGGGGUGUCCCCCCUUUCGCCUAUCCCCCUCCCCCUGGAACACCUCAUAUGGGACAUCCCCCACCUCACGGUUCCCACGGCCACCAUGGUCAUGGCCACCAUGGUCAUGGGCCCCCCAUGGUGCACCCCAAUGUGACCUGUGACGAAUGUGAGGGCUCUGUGGCGGGGACCCGCUUCAAGUGCACAGUGUGCCCUGACUAUGACCUGUGCUCCACAUGCCAAGCCAAGGGGCUACACAAGGAGCACGUCCUCCUGCCCAUCUGGCACCCCUUCAACAACGCAUUUGAGUGGUUCCCUCGUGGGAAGUGGAUGAGGAAGAUGAGGCACUGCACGUGGGCUCAGGCCCAAAACCAGGCCCAGCCUGGUCCCUCUGGGUCCCAGCCAGGCCAGGCAGCCCCAGGGGACAGACAGCCCUCUGAUGCCUCAUCUGCUGCCUCCCAGCAGUCCCAAGCCAAUAUGGAUUACCUGAAGAACAUUGGAGAAGGGGUGGCAGCCAUGCUUAGCCCACUGGGUAUCGAUGUGGAUAUUGAUGUGGAGCUGGAGGCAAAGAGGACCAAGGUGAUGACCCCCAAUCCGUCCCCACCUGGGUCAGGAGGCCCCCCCAGUGCUAGGAGCAACAACGGGACAGGGGUGUCCGAGGGAGAUGGGACUAAAGAGGGGGACAUGGUGGUGGACGGGCUUAGCAGCCUAGGGAGCGCGAGUGAUUUAGCUACGGGUGGUAAAGACCCAGGGGGCAGUGGUGACGAUGAGUGGACCCACCUGACCUCCAAGGAGGUGGAUCCCUCUACAGGUGAGCUCCAGUCUCUCAGGGUAGGCGAGGAGGGCUCUCUGGAAGCCCCGGGGUCCCCUACUGUCCCCCAGGGUCCCUCACAGGAACCACAGAAGUCCCUCACUCUCGCUGAGGCCGCAGCCUACCCCCACCUUCCUCAAGAUGCCGACCCACGCUUGGUGGAGUCCCUGUCCCAGAUGCUGGCCAUGGGCUUCACAGAUGAGGGUGGCUGGCUCACCCGCCUCCUCCACACUAAGGACUGUGAUGUCGGGGCCGCCCUGGACACCAUCCACUACGCCAAACCCGCCAAGAAGUAACAGGGCCCCAACACCGUACCCUGAGGGACACCUACAUCUCCCUAUGAUAGCCACUUCACCAAUACUGCCUUCUCUUCCGUCCCUCUCAUUCACCUCUGGCACUUGCAGUUACUCACACAAUAAGUCUAUUAGAUCUGAAUAUAAUUCUUGCGAUUUUUAAAUGUUAUGGUUGUACCGACAUUGAAUUACAGUAUAAAGGGUUUACUAGUCAAUAUUUAUCCAAAUGGAAAUAUAUAUUUCUAUAACCUCUUAAACUCUUUUCAAUGGGAUGUCAUUUAACUGAAAGUGUUAAAUUGGAUUGAUAAAAACAGUUAAUCUUAACUAACAUAUGUCAGUGUUCACUCAAUAGCAAGUAUCAUCUAUUGAGUUUGAUUAAUCAAGUAACUGUUCUACCACGUAUCAUGUAAGAGUUAAUACCAGAAGUAAUACAUGUUCAUUACCAGUGUCAACAGAACCAGGUGAAAGGUGUGAAUAAUUAUUGUCUAACAUUGAAAACAUUUCUCUCCUUUCAAAACCAAAUAAAAUACUUCUGCAAAGAAA